AUGAGGAUUAUGAUCAAGGGUGGUGUGUGGAAGAACACUGAGGAUGAAAUCCUCAAAGCAGCGGUCAUGAAAUAUGGCCUAAAUCAAUGGGCCCGUAUCUCUUCGCUGCUGGUCCGCAAGUCUGCCAAGCAGUGCAAAGCCCGCUGGUAUGAGUGGUUAGAUCCAGCCAUCAAGAAGACAGAGUGGACGCGUGAGGAGGAUGAAAAGCUGCUGCAUCUUGCGAAGCUUAUGCCUACACAGUGGCGCACUAUAGCACCCAUUGUAGGCCGGACGCCGGCGCAAUGCUUGGAGCGCUAUGAGAAGCUCUUGGAUGCAGCAGCAGCCAAGGACGACAAUUAUGAUCCUGCGGAUGACCCGCGCCGGCUGCGGCCCGGCGAGAUCGACCCCAACCCAGAGGCCAAACCUGCUCGCCCUGACCCCAUUGACAUGGACGAAGACGAGAAGGAGAUGCUGUCAGAAGCGCGAGCUCGCCUCGCCAACACCAGGGGCAAGAAGGCGAAGCGCAAGGCGAGGGAGCGGCAGCUGGAGGAGGCGCGGCGGCUGGCCUCGCUGCAGAAGAAGCGCGAGCUGCGCGCGGCCGGCAUCGAGAUGAAGGCGAAGGCGCAGCGCCGGCGCGGCAUCGAUUACAAUCGCGAGGUAGCCUUUGAGCAGGCGCCUGCGGCCGGUUUCUUCGACACGGGCGCCGAGAAGGAGCGCACGCGCGAGAUCGGCAAGGAAUUCCGGCCCGCCACCCUCGAGGAAAUGGAGGGCCGCCGGCGCAAGGACAUUGAGGCGAACCUGAUGAAGGGCGACGAGCAGAAGGCAAAGCUGAGGGAGGCCCACAACCAGCCAGCAGCCGUGGCAAAGGCCAUGGAGUUGAACGAUGCCAGUGGCAUGCGCCGCCGGGGCCGCAUGAUGCUUCCUGCCCCACAGGUGACAGAAGAGGAGCUGGAAGCCAUUGCUAAGGGCGGUGGUGAGGUGGCCAUGGAUGUUGACAUGGAUGGUGCUGGCGGUGAGGCCACCCGGCGGCUGCUGGGCGACUACCAGACACCUGCCAGGAUGGCGACUCCCAUGCGGACGCCGCGGGCGGUGACGGCGAGCGGGCAGGACCGGGUGAUGAUGGAGGCGCAGAAUCUGAGCCGGCUGCAGCAGGGGCAGACGCCGCUGUUCGGCGGCGAGAACCCGGAGCUCUUUGACUCCGACUUCAGCGGCAUCACGCCCAAGCCCUUCACCGCCGCCACGCCAAACCCCCUCGCCGCUGGAUUGACGCCUCGCAUUGGAGCCACCCCUUCGCUGACCCAUCCUGGCGCCACUCCCUCUGGUGGCCGCGCCAUUGCAGGUGUCUCCGCGACGCCAUCUGUGGCAGGUACGCCCCUACGCGGCGGCCCGGCCGCCGGCAUGACGCCGAUGCGCACCCCUGUCCGCGACGAGCUCGGCCUCAACGACCCUGACAUGCUGCUGCCGGCCGAGGCCAGCCGCCGCGAAGCGCGCGCACGGGAGGCCAUGGAGAAGAACAACCUGAAAGCGGGACUGGCCGGGCUGCCUGCUCCCAAAAACGAGUACCAGAUCAUGGUGCCAGAGUUGCCGGAGGACAGAGACGACGGCGAAGCAUUGUUGGAGGAGGAUGCAGCAGACAUUGCUGCGCGGCGCAAGGCCGCAGCCAGAGCGGCUGAGGAGGCGGAGCUGCGGAAGAGAAGCCAGGUGUUGCAGAGGGGCCUGCCGCGGCCGCUAUCCCUGGAGCACGGCCCCGAGGCGCGCAACGCGGAGGAGGCCGGCGGGCUGUCUCAGAGGGAGGCCGCGGAGGCGCUGCUGUUCAGCGAGAUGAAGGCGCUGCUGCAGCACGACGCUGCCAAGUACCCCGUCAAGGAGAGCAAGAAGGACAAAAAGAAAAAGCGGCCUCGGCCGGAGCCGCAGCCGGCAGAGCCGCUGGAUGAGGUUGCUGAGGAGGACAUGGCGUCGGCGCUGGCAGUGCUGCGCGCGGAGACGGCGCACGUUCGGCGCGCGAUGGGCCACGAGGGAGUCUCGGAGGAGGAGUAUAUGGAGUCCUGGGCCGCACUCAGCCGCGAAUUCAUCUACCUGCCCAAGCGCCAGCGCUAUGACCGCAGCAUCUCUGCCACCAACACCGACCGCGUGGAGUCCAUGCAGGCACGCAAUACUUUAUUUGCCCCGCUGCCAAGCGAGCACGAGGCGGUGCGGUCGGAAAUGGAGAAGGAGGCGAUGCGCGCGGCAAAGUUGGAGAGCCGCCUUACUGUGCUGACUAAGGGUUACAUCACGCGCGAGGCCGUUGUGCGCAAGGACAUGGAGACGACGUGGCAGGCCGUUCAAACUGCCGAGCAGGAGCUGGCGUGCUUCCGAGCGCUGUCUCAGAGGGAGGCUCAGGCCAUGCCAGAGCGGAAGGCGGCCGUGGCGGGGCGACUGGCUGCACAGGAAGAGCGGGAGCAGCUGCUGCAGAAGCGCUACAAGGCGCUCAGCAGUGAUGUGGCUGAAGCCAGGAAGGCAUUAACGGCUGUGGCUGCUGCGUGAUUCCCUGUGAAAACAAAGUUGUGUACAUAUCGUACACUCGCUUGUUUGGGCAGGCUUCAGGUUGAGUGGGAUCCAACGAAUGGAAAUUGCUGGAGGCUACAAUAUGUCGCACCUUACGCACUUAUUGACUUUGGUGUGAGUGGUCCUGAUGCUCGUGGCCAAACCUCCAGGUCAUCCCAGAGUCUGUUAGCGAUCCAAUCACUCAGCUAUGCAUAGCCUGCACAGCUGGUAAAAUGACAGAUUUGCGGC